AUGGCUGUCUUACGAUCAAGGUUAACGUCUCUCUCUCAUGUUAUUUUGGAAGGACUCGCCGUGUCAGGAAAUCACAGGCAACAGUCACUGAUUCGGACAUCCAUAAGAACUGCAUUUUUUGAUAGUAAGCAGAAAGAAUUACCAAAUGAUGAUGAAACACAAGUCAGAAAGAUUAAUCCUGAAGUUGAUGGUCCUUCAGCUCUAAGUCGAACAUCAUCACUCAAGAAAAGAACGUCAGUGAGGACAGUGAAAGGCUAUAAACCACCUGCUGAUGUUGAAGAGAAAAUAAAACAAAUUGCAUCCGAGUUUUUUAAAGAAUCCACAAACUGGAAAGAGACUUUGCUAGAUGAUCGACUGCUGAAGUUCAAAUUCCUGACAAAAUGUAUUGAUGAAUUUGACCACAAUAUUCCUAACUCUGACCUGAACGAUAUGACGAGCAUUUCAGACAUCGUACACUUCUUCCAGACAGCAGUACAUGAUACUUCCUCAUAUGAAGAUCUAUCAAAACUUGACUUACCUAAAAACUUACACAUACAGCUUGAAGCAAUACGCUUUGAUCCAGAAACUGAUACAUUUUUUGAUGGAAUAACUGCCUUCCCAAAACGGCCAACAGUUGUCUCAAGUAUAAAGUAUCGUCACAAGUAUAAAGGCAAUGACGGAGAACAUCAUAAGAAAUAA